AAUGAGGAGCGCCGUUGUUUCCCGGUCCCAAGAUGGCAGCGCUCAGUCCUGUUUCUGGAGAAGGGAACUGGGGGGAGUGAACCCUGAGGGCGUGGGUCGGGGCUGCCAGCCGGGACGGGACGCGGGGCCGGGGAUGAGGUGACAGCCGCCAUGGCGAACGAUGGGGGCAGGAAGCAGUUCUGGAAGCGGAGCGGCACGAAAGUGCCGGGCAGUAUCCAACAUGUGUAUGGAGCUCAGCAUCCGCCUUUUGAUCCACUGCUGCAUGGAACCUUGAUAAAACCGGGUUCAAAGCCACCUACAACUCCGGUGAAACUAAAGAAAGUCAGCACCUUCCAAGAGUUUGAAAGUAAUACAAGCGAUGCUUGGGAUCUUGGGGAUGACGAUGAUGAACUCUUAGCAAUAGCUGCUGAAAACUUAAAUACAGAAGUGGUCAUGGAAACGGCUCACAAAGUAAUUCAGAAUCACAGCAAGUUACAAGAACAGCAUAAAUUUCUGGAAGAGCAUCCACAGGAAGAAAAGCAAGUAGAAUCGGCAGAGCUGUCUGCAGUCACAUGUGGUGAUAAUAGGCUCGUUAAGUCAGUCAGUGAAGGUCAUACAUCAAGUUCAUCAGAUAAUGCUAGUGAAAAUUCUUCCAUGCAGAGAUCACAGUCCCUUCCACAAACUUCCACACCUCCUUUGGUGAGUGGAAUGGCAGACUUCAGUACCUCAGUUACUCCUGCAUUAACUGAAAGAGAAGCAUCCCGAUUAGACAAAUUUAAGCAGCUACUUGCUGGCCCCAACACAGAUCUUGAAGAAUUACGGAAAUUGAGUUGGUCUGGAGUUCCCAAACGAGUUCGUCCCAUUGCAUGGAAGCUGCUUUCAGGUUAUCUUCCUGCAAAUGUAGACCGAAGAGAAAGCACUUUACAAAGGAAACGAAAAGAGUAUUUUGCAUUUGUUGAACAAUACUAUGACUCCAGAAAUGAUGAGAGUCAUCAAGAUACCUAUAGACAGAUUCAUAUAGAUAUCCCGCGCAUGAGCCCUGAAGUUCUAAGACUUCAGCCCAAAGUAACGGAGAUCUUUGAAAGAAUUUUGUUUAUCUGGGCUAUCCGGCACCCAGCCAGUGGAUACGUUCAGGGCAUAAAUGAUCUCGUUACUCCUUUUUUCGUAGUCUUCGUUUGUGAAUAUAUAGAAGAAGAGGAAGUGGAAAAUUUUGAUGUUUCCAGUCUGCCUGAAGAAGUACUGCAGAACAUAGAAGCUGACAGUUAUUGGUGCAUGAGCAAGUUGCUUGAUGGCAUUCAGGAUAAUUACACAUUUGCACAGCCGGGAAUUCAAAAGAAAGUGAAAAUGUUGGAAGAGCUUGUUAGUCGGAUCGAUGAACAAGUUCAUAGACACUUGGAUCAGCAUGAGGUGAAAUAUUUGCAAUUUGCUUUCCGAUGGAUGAAUAACUUACUGAUGAGAGAAGUCCCUUUACGAUGUACCAUCAGAUUAUGGGACACAUACCAAUCUGAACCAGAGGGUUUUUCUCAUUUCCACUUGUAUGUCUGUGCUGCCUUCCUUGUCAGGUGGAGGAAGGAGAUUCUGGAGGAGAAGGACUUUCAGGAAUUGCUGAUAUUUUUACAGAGUUUGCCCACAGCACACUGGGGAAAUGAAGAAAUCAGUGUACUCCUAGCAGAGGCCUACAGACUGAAGUUUGCAUUUGCAGAUGCCCCCAAUCAUUACAAGAAAUGAAUAUGAAGAUCCAGAAAUUAUUAAGACCAACGUGUUCUGCAGUAUUAUGGCAUCUGUUGUUAUGAUUGUGAUUUCAGCUCAUUGUUCUUCCAUUUGAAUUGAGAUGACCAUUAAAAUCCUGUUGGAAUUUGGAAAAUGAGAACAGAAUACCAAAGGAAUGGACAAAAAAGGAUAUUGAGUAAUGAAUGAAUCUAAGUUAAAAGAGAACUUCUUUGUUCAGCACGAAAAAUUAAUUCAGAAGUCUAUCACAUAAUUGUCUUCUUUUUUCCCCUCCUAUAAUUUGGUGAAAUGGAGUUGAAUAUAUGUUGAACAAUUCUUAUACAUACCUGAGUCUUAGAAUUUCUCAGAAUGAUUUUGUGACUGUUUUGUUUUUAUGUCGUGACUUUAACAGGCAGUUGGAAUUACUCAUUUUGGAUGAGAAAAACAAAGCUCUUCACAGUCACAAAGACCAUUUGAGGCAGCAAGACCUGUGUUUGGAGUCUGUUUAUAACCAGGACGAUGCUGAUGUUCUCAUACCAUCUUUCAUUGUUCCGUGGAGUGAGGUUAGAAUGAUACAAGAAAAUAAAAGGGUGCAGUGGAAAUUGAUGGCAUUUUCUAAACAUUAUUCAGCAUUGUUGGGUGUUGUAGGUUUUUAGCCAUACGAAGAAGUGACUUUAUGCCUAAGACUCAUCAGUGACACUAAGAUAAGUUCCUCUUUAUAUAUUCUGGAGUGUUUUUAAAAUAUUGAAUGGAAGAUGUGGUAUUGUUACAGUAAUUAAAGCCUUUCUUUCAAGGCC